GGCCCCGGCGCCGCCUGAGGCGCCGAGUCCUUCCCCCUCUCUUGCCCUGUUGGUUGGUGCCUCAGUUUCCCCUCAGCGCUGACGGGUCUCUCUCCUUCUCUCUCUCUCUCUCUCUCUCUCUCGCAGGGGAAGGCCACGCCCGCCAUGAGCUCGUCGGCGCUGCUGGCCGAGGGCCCCCUCGACCCGCCGGUGCUGCUGGCGGACAUCAAGACGGAGCCCCCCGAGGAGCUGCUGGCCAGCGACUGCAGCCAGCCCCAGGCUGAGCCCGUGGACCUGUCGCUCAACAAGUCUAAGGCGGCUCCCGCCUCGGCGCCGCCACCGCCGCCUCCCCCCUCCUCGGUGCAGUCCUCGCCCAUGUUGGUGGCCCCGCCGCUGCCCGCGCCCGCCACCGUGUCCAUCCCGCCCUCGGGCCUCAGCUCCACCUCGGCCAUCCCGGCCGUGCUGUCGCCCGGCUCCAUCCUGGCGUCCACGCAGGGCAGCGGCGGGCAGCAGAUCCUGCACGUCAUUCACACCAUCCCCUCCGUCAACCUGCCCAGCAAGAUGGGCAACCUGCAGACCAUCCCCGUGGUGGUGCAGUCGCUGCCCGUGGUCUACACCACCGUGCCCACCGACGGCGUCACCGCCAUCACCGUGCCCCUCAUCGGGGGCGACGGCAAGAACGCGGGGUCCGCUUUCCUAUCCCGGACCCCACCUGUGAAAAUGGACCCGGGCUCCGUGUUCCCCAUGGACAUGAACAGCGACAGUGAGGACAGCGCCUCGGAGAGCGGCCCAGCCCCGUUCCAGGACCUCCAAAGAGAGCCGGCAGUGAGGGGGCCCCGGGCCGACUCCCCCGACCUGAAGAAGCGGCGCAUCCACCAGUGCGACUUUGAGGGCUGCAACAAGGUCUACACCAAGAGCUCCCACCUCAAAGCCCACCGGAGGAUACACACAGGUGAGAAGCCCUACAAGUGCACGUGGGAAGGCUGCACCUGGAAGUUCGCCCGCUCGGACGAGCUGACGCGGCACUUCCGCAAGCACACGGGCAUCAAACCCUUCCGCUGCUCGGACUGCGACCGCAGCUUCUCCCGCUCCGACCACCUGGCCCUGCACCGCCGGCGGCACGUCAUGAUGUGAGCUCGGGGUGCCAGGGGUGCCAGGGGGCCCCGUGCCCCUCCGUGUGCAGGGACUGUGGGAGCGGAGAGGCCGAGCUAACUGUGAGCAGCCUGUGCCCGCUGCGGGAGCCCCGCUGGCACAGCGUGGGAAACUGGAUUCUGGACUGCUCCUCCUUCUCUCUUGUCCCCAACUCUUCUGUUUCCUGGGAUUCUCCUCCCCGCUCGGCACGGCUGGAGGCUCCUCCUUGACUCCUCACCCGGGAUUCAUCCAGCAGCUGCCUCCUGACCUGCGUCUCUUCAGCCUGUUCCACCUGGUGUGCUCACUGUCCCCUGCCCCCUCCCAGUGCCUGUGGGCAAAUCUGGGAGCCACGGCAAGGUCAGGGAGGCAACGAGGCCCUUGUGCAGGAGCUGCUGGCCUCUUCCCCCUCCCUCCCAGACACUGUCCCAGUGGGAGAAGGGACCCUGGAGUGUCACCUCUGUGUGUCCCUCAGUGCGUGCUGGGCUUUGUGGGAAGUGCCGGGGUCAUGUCGAGGGCCAAGAGGAAAAGAGGAAACAAGAACAGGGGGAAACACAACCCCACAGUGACCCACAAACAAGGCCACCACCACCACCACAAAAAGGGAAACUCUGUGGAACGUGAAACUUUGAUUUUAUGGAAUUUUAAGAGGGGGUGGGACAGGGUGGGGGGAAUGAGAGCCACCAGCUCUCGGGUUUUUUGGAAGCCUCUGGGCCACGUGAAGCAUUUCUAAGUUAAACCAGCGGCUGUGGCCACACACUUUGCUUUUUAAUAA